AUGCCACCACCACCACCACCACCAGGAGGAGGUCCCUACGGCGGUGGACCACCUGAUAAUGCCUAUGGUGCAUCCACAGGCAAUGCUUACGCCAAUCGCAACGUUUCUCUUGGUCGAAAACAAACAACUCUUGGUCGAGCACCUACUCGACGUAUUGUGCCUGGAGCCAACAGUAUUGCCAAUGCAGGCCAAAAUAUCCAACGUGGUCGUACUUUGAUUCGACCCGAUCGAUACCAAGAACCCCCACCGCUAUUGACAGGCAAAUCCCAAAAGAGUCAUUCUUGGUUUGAUCCUUGGGUGUUACUUUCACGCAUCGUUACCUUUUGGGCAUUACCCGGAAUGCUUAAAGCCAUGAAGAUGCCUGAUCCUGGUAUGCAACAAGCCUGGAGAGAGAAGAUAACAUUGUGUUUCCUUAUUGCUUGUCUUGGUGGUGUCGUCGCUUUUAUUACUAUUGGUGUCAGCUCUGUAUUAUGUCCACCUGAUGCAUCACAAAACCUUGCCAACUUUGCAUCAUACAAUGACACAGCAACAAGUGCUGGUCUAUUGGGUGUUCAAGGAUGGGCCAUUAAUGUCUCUCAAGCUGUUACUUCGGAUGAUGCCAACUUUUUCAAGUACACGGAUGUCCCAGGCACUGAUGUCACCAAUCUCUUUCAGCAUGGCACCGAUAUUCCUUCUUGCCAGGAUACUGGAAACCCAACUGCCAACGCUUUCACCGCUGUCACUUUCAACCCUUGUUCCGCUGGCAACGGCAAUGGUGGUUGCUCCCUCGGCACUAUCGAUGAAUCCACCUUCAGCAGCAUCAAGGUUGAGAAUACAACACGUCGUGUCGGCUACGACUGGAAUUACCUUGCAAGCUCCAACUUGACAUCCUACUUUGUUAUCGACGGCAAUGUACUCAACAUGGAGCCCUACAUGAACGCCAAUCCUUCAGCCAUUGCGGGUGACCCUCUCGAUGCGUUGAUUCGUGAUGUGCUCAAUAGCAGCUAUGCAGCUGGUGGUCGUGAUGCUACCAAGAUGUUUAGACGUCGUACCGAGUUUGAGGCAUCGAUGGAUUGUUUGAUUGCAAAGUACAAGGCUGGCAACAUUGACAAGGCUACACCAGGUUGUUUCGCAUCUCAAUUGAUUCUCUACUUUGCUCUUGGAUGUGUGCUUUCCAUUGUGUUGGCUCGUUUCUUCAUGGCUUUGAUCUUUGCAUGGUUCAUCUCUCGUCGUUUAUCACGCACUCCUCCCCCUGUUGCUGGUGCCGCUGCCACAGUGCAUCAUAAUCAAUCUAUGGAAAUGGGAGCUAUCGGUGGUGCAGCUGCUGCUGGUGCAGGCUUGAGCAAGCAACUGGUUGAAAUCGGCAACGACUUGUAUACAGUAAUGUUGAUCACUUGCUAUUCCGAGAAUACGGAAGGUAUUCGUGGCACCGUUGAAUCUUUGUCGAUGACCGAUUAUCCCGACGAUCGCAAAUUGUUGUUCCUGAUUGCUGACGGCAUUAUUACUGGUCACGGCGAAACCAUGACAACACCCGACAUGUGUCUCAGCCUCAUGCACUUCGAUGAUCCAGCCAUGGCAAACCCUGAAGCUAAGGCUUACAUUGCUGUUGCAAAUGGUGCCAAAAUGUACAAUCGUGCAAAGGUUUACGCAGGUCAUUACGUUUGCAAGGGCCACAAAGUUCCGAUGAUCUUGGUUGUAAAGUGCGGCAAUCCUGAUGAAGAAGGCGGUGCUAAGCCUGGCAACCGUGGCAAGCGUGAUUCCCAGCUUAUCCUCAUGAAUUUCUUCAGCCGUGUUACUUACAAUGAUCGCAUGACACCUCUUGAUUAUGAUCUUUUCCAAAAGAUCCAUUGGCUUAUGGGUGCCACUCCCGACUUUUUCGAAUUAUGUCUCAUGGUGGAUGCUGAUACCAAGGUCUAUCAAUCAGCUUUGCGUUAUCUCGUCAAUUGUAUGGUCAACGAUAACUUGAUUAUGGGUCUUUGCGGUGAAACCAAGAUCGCCAAUAAGCGUGCAAGUUGGGUCUCCGCAAUUCAAGUCUACGAGUACUUCAUUUCCCAUCAUUUGGCUAAAGGCUUUGAAGCUGUCUUUGGUGGUGUCACAUGUUUGCCAGGUUGUUUCUCCAUGUAUCGUCUCAAGGCACGAAAGGGUGACGGUGAUUGGGUCCCUAUCAUCACCAAGCCUGAAAUUGUCCAAGAAUACUCCUCCAACACCAUCGACACCCUCCAUCAAAAGAACUUGUUGCUUCUUGGUGAAGAUCGUUUCUUGACUACUCUCAUGCUUCGCAAUUUCCCUUACCGCAAAAUGACAUUCACUCCUCAAGCUAUUUGUAAGACCAUUGUCCCUGAUGAAUUCAAGGUGUUGUUGUCUCAGCGUCGUCGUUGGAUUAACUCAACCAUCCACAACUUGUUCGAAUUGGUUCUUGUACGCAAUCUUUGUGGUACAUUCUGCUUCUCUAUGCAGUUUGUCGUCUUUAUGGAUCUUGUUGGUACUUUGACGCUUCCUGUUGCCAUUGUCUUGACCGUUGUCCUUGUUGUUUCGAUUGCAAGUACACAAAUCACAAGUUUCCAAACAGCCGUGCCGCUCAUCCUGCUGAUUGUGGUUAUCUUUUCACCGGCGUUGCUCAUUUUCUUGACUACUCGCAAGUGGGUCUACUUUUGCUGGAUGAUUGUUUACCUCAUUGGAUUGCCUGUAUGGAACUUUAUCUUGCCUGUGUACUCCUUCUGGCACUUUGACGACUUUUCAUGGGGUGAAACUCGUAAGGUUGAAGGUGAAAAGAAGGGUGAUGGCCAUGGCAACGCCGACGGUGUGUUCGAUCCAUCAACUGUACCACUCAAGCGCUGGGAGGAUUAUGAACGAAAGCGUGUACGUGCAAACAAGCGUCGUGAGCGUAAAGAGCGCCAACUCCGUGAAAUGGGACCUGUACACUUUAUGCAUUCGGUUGUACCACCUGAUGAAGAUGAGAGCAAGCGUGGUCUUUUGGCGGAUUCCCAAUUCGAUGAUGAUGCUUACAGCAGCCGUUCAGAUGUAUCGGGUCAAGAUCCUAUGGGCUUUUUUGAUCCUUCAAAGGAAGCUCCCGCACGUGCUGGCGCUGGUGGUUAUUAUCCAACAUUCCGCCCACAAAAUGAUGCAUCACCUGCACCUCCACCACCUCCACCAUCUAAUGUCCCAGGCGGCAAUUGGGCAUCUUCUCCACCACCUCCACCACCAGGUCCUGGUCAAUACGUUGGUGCUCGUCCACCACCACCUGGUCCUCAAGGCCAAUACCAUGGUUUCUAA